AUUGGCUGGAGACGCUCCUACGGCGCAUAGUGACGCCACUGCUGGUACCCAAGCAGCUGCAGCGUGCGUGUGAAAAUGGCGAACAUCAGAAGUGUCAAGGGUAUGGUGGGCUUGGUGACUGGAGGGGCCUCUGGUUUGGGUAGAGCUACAGUGGAGCGUCUCAUCAAGCAUGGGGCCAGUGCUGUGAUCCUGGACCUGCCCAGUUCAGAUGGACACAAGGUGGCCGCUGCUCUCGGGGACAGAUGUGCAUUUGCACCAACUGAUGUCACAUCAGAGUCAGAUGUGAGAUCGGCUCUUGAUUUGGCGAAGGAGAAAUAUGGUAAAGUGGACUUGGCAGUGAACUGUGCUGGAAUAGCUGUGGCUGUUAAAACAUACAACUUUAAAAAGGACCUUCCUCACAGUCUAGAGGACUUCACACGUGUCAUUACUGUGAACAUCGCUGGGACAUUUAAUGUAAUCAGACUGGCUGUAGGCGAGAUGGGAAAGAAUGAGCCUGAUGCUGAUGGACACCGAGGCUGCAUCGUCAACACAGCCAGUGUGGCUGCUUAUGAUGGCCAGGUGGGUCAAGCUGCAUACUCCGCCUCUAAGGGAGGCAUUGUAGGAAUGACUCUUCCUAUCGCUCGAGACCUCGCUCCGAUGGGCAUUCGCGUGGUCACUAUUGCCCCAGGCCUGUUCGCUACACCACUGCUAGCAGGUUUACCAGAGAAAGUGCAGAGUUUCCUAGCCAGACAGGUGCCCUUCCCGUCACGUCUGGGAGAUCCAGCUGAGUUUGCACACCUUGUGACUUCAAUAGCAGAAAACCCUAUGAUUAACGGUGAGGUGAUCCGCCUGGAUGGAGCCAUUCGCAUGCAGCCUUGAAGGGAAAAACUUAGAAACUCCAGGUGAAAUACUCAGAACAGAACAGAACAUUGGCUGAAGAAUGUGUAUUAAUUAUUUUCAGGAUACUUUCAAUCUGAUUGAAAAUGCUACUUUGAAUAUGUGAGUGUUUUUUUUUUUUUUUUUAACCACUGGAAAUCUUGUAGAUGGAUGUAUUCUUUGGUUGAUGUGGUGUAUAGUGACUGCACUGCUCUGCCAUUGACUCUAUGAUCUGAACUAUAGUAAAUGCAUUUCUACAAGCAUCACUUUGCCAUAAAAGCUAAAUGUAUCUGUCCACAUAUCGUUUCCUGUAAAAUAAACUGUAAAUCAUUAUAUGGGUUGUAAUGAAUGAAUCUAAGAAAAGCACAACUUAAAAUAAACAAACAAGCUGAAUGGUU